CGUCGACUGUGCUUCUUUUGCGAGGUUGGCCGGGGUUUUGUUUGGAGCAUGUUGACAACAUGUCCAGUGCCUCGUUCCGUACCUCAACGUUUGAUCCUAUCCUUAUUUCCGCGCAGAUAGUGGCACUACAGUCAACAUAUUACCUCUCUGCAUCGCUGAUUGUCUUUGUGCUCGAAUUGUUGACGGGAUCGCCCGUGACGUUGAAUCAUGUUUUGAUGCACGACGAGCUGCGGACAGAUACUGUGUUGGGGUGGAGUUUAUUUCUAGCGAAUUUGAUGAAUGCGGGGUUGGGGAGCUACUACCUCUUGAUAAUUGUUCAGCGGGCCAAACUCUGCCUCGACUUUAGCUGUACGCUCCACAUUCUGCACAUUGUCAUAACGACUCUGUACAGCCGAUCGCUCCCCAAAUCCUUUUUCUGGUGGUUUUGUUUCUUGUGUACACUGGUUGUUUUGUCGUUAGGGGGCGAGUAUUUGUGCAUGCAGAGGGAGAUGGAGCCGAUCACGCUGGCGGGAACGAAAAAGAGGCAGAGCACUUCGAAUGGGGGGGAUGCGGUCGAGCUGCAGAGAUUAACGGAUGGGAGUGACGACCUUGCGUAGUCGUGGGCAACCCCAACCACAGCGCUUUGACACAAUAUACUAUUUUCGACUUGAAGCUGAUCAACCCUCAGUCCUCAGGGAAGAGAUUUUGGGGUCUUGACCCGGCAACGGCGGAAAGCACGUAGUGGUGAAAAGGUCACCAGGCAAGAAUCAGACGAUAAUCACGCCUCCUGCUGCGGGUGGUCAAGGGGAACAACCUAAUACAAGCUUGCAUCUUCGUGUACGGCUGUCGACGUACGCAAAUUGAAUAGUGCAAACGGAAUGAUAACUGCCAAUGCAAAGGCAGGCAUCUUGUAGGAUAAUCGAAAUUUUAAAUAUCAUUAUUGUAAUAUUGCUGAGCCGACGCUGUUUGUGUAUGCAAUGUGGUAGGGCAUAUUGCAAUGCGACUAGUAGAUGUAAGGGC